CUCACCACAACGGUAGAUGAAUCAUCGCGAACCCCAUUCCCUUCUUUACCGUUCUCUCGGGUCUUCUUCUCCACCCUUCUCAUCAUCAUAGCCAUUUAGCGAGCAAAGAGAGAAUGGCGUGCAUGCACGAUCACAGCUGCGAGGAUCACAACUGCUCCGCGGAUUGGUCUCUCUAUAAGCACAUAGAUUUCUCUAAGGUAUCAGCUCUGAAUGAAUCAAUUGCAGGAAGUGUAAAGUCAGUUUUUAAACCUUGGGAACAUCGAGUGGAUACUUCAGAGCAGGGCCUUUUGGAAAGCAAUGACGGUGACCCUGAGUUACUUGUUUUUAUCCCGUUUACAUCAGAUGUUAAGAUAAAGAGCAUAUCUGUUGUUGGUGGUGCUGGUGGAACAAGCCCAUCGAAGAUGAGAGCGUUUAUUAAUCGAGAUGGUAUUGACUUUUCUGAUGCUCAAAAUAUGCAGCCUGUUCAGGAAUGGGAGUUGGCAGAGAAUUUGCAAGGAGUCCUGGAAUACCAGACAAGAUAUUCAAGAUUUCAAAGUGUGGCCAGUCUCACUCUGCAUUUUCCUGAAAAUUUUGGUGGGGAUACCACUCAGAUAUACUAUAUUGGUUUACGAGGUGAAGCUACUCAGUUGAAAAGGGACGUUGUAGCAACAAUUGUCUAUGAAGUUAUGCCCAACCCAUCUGACCAUAAGACUAAAGCUGAUGGUGGUGGUGGUUUCUCACAUGUGGAGUGAAGAUUAACAGGGCAAAACAAACAAACCAAUCAGUUCCAUGAGCUUUUGCCGCUUUCAAGCAGGUUUUUAGCGUGAAGCGAUAUUUAUGUAUUAUAUCAGACCUCUGGAGAGACUUCAUGCUUUUCUGUAGGAGAGACUUCGUGCUUUGGACAUGCUGCUGUUUCUCAACGCGUCUUUUUCAUUUUCUGAAGAGAGUUAGGUAUGUGUUGGACCAUUUAAAUCAUGAUCAAAAUGAUGCCGUGCAUGACCCUCAGAUAUGUCAGGUGGUUGUGAUCACUUUUUCGCAUUGUGUAGCCCUGGAGGUUAACGAGCUGAUUUGGUUGAAUUUUA